AUGCCGAAACUCGCCACGGCUCUGCUUUUGCUUGGGCUUCUGCCAUCGCUCUGCAAGCUGGGUGGCGUUGUGCUUGGAGCCCUUCCCCCCCUCUCUCCCAGCACGGCGCUCCCAAGCCGGGUGGGUGCGCACUCCUGUGGCGUGAUUUCGGCCGGUCUUCACCGGUUUCUUGCAGUCUCCCCGCCGAGCACGCGCACCGAGUUGUUGGCCGCCGAGGGCAAGCCUUGGCUUGUUGUGGGCGACUACAAUUGGCGUGCCAGCUAUGAUCACGUGCGUCUGGGCUUUGAGGCCAGCACCUUUCCGCAUGCUGUGACCACUGUGGGCCACCAAGCUGCGCCCACUCGGGCUUGCUGCUCUGCCAGCGUCUCCGUCUCGAAUGCUGUCGUGCAGACGUGUCCCCUCCCCGGCAUUCCUCAUCAUCAAGCCGUUGUUUUCGCGGAUGCUGUUGUUCCCAACCUUUGUGACCCGGCGCCCAGUCUUCGUGCUCGGCGUACCGCUGUCUACGAGUGGUCUUUGCCUCCGGCUCCUCAGCUCCCUGCACUCUGCCAGCGGCUGAUUUCGGCUGUGCCACCACCGUGUCCUGCUGAUUUGCCUUUUGACCAGCGUCUGUCUGCCUGGCACGUCCGUGCAGAGAAGGUCUGCAGCUUGGCCUGCCAAUUUGGGGUGGCCCGCACCUUGCGUAAGGGCGAGCGCGGUAAGGGCUCUGCUCUGUCGAUGCGACCUCGCGCACCUCCUGCUGUGCACCGUGCCACUGCGAUCGCCCCCCAGCUGCGCCCUGCUAACAGCCUUGACCCCAACCUCGACUCUGCUGGGAUGACCACCGAAUGGGUCAACUCUGCAGCUCCUCCUCCGCCUUCCUUGUGCGCCGACGAUGCUCCUGUCGUUGUUUCCCUUGAGGCCUUCCUGGAUGGUAUCUUGCAUGGCCACGGCAGUGCCGGUUGGGAUGGCUGGUCUGCCGCUGAGCUUCGUGGUCUUGCUAGAGCCUGCCCUGACGUGUUCGUUGAGCUCCUCCAGCUCCUUAACCUGUGUUUGAGGUCGCCGGCUUCGGUGAGGUCCGACUCUUCGUCCCUUUUCACCUGGCGUGUCGUCGGUGUCCCAAAGCCCAAAGAUCCGGGUGCGACUCGCCCGAUCGCCAUUGCUAGUGCUUUGGUGAGGGGUUUUCACCGAGCCCUUCUGUCCCUGUUUCCUCCCUUGCCCCCCCGGCAAUGGUGUGGUCUUUCCGGCUCCCGUACCGCCGAUGCCAUUGCUGACUGGCUUGCGCAGCGAGCGCACAAAGGUGCUGAACUUGACUUACGACGGGCGUUUGACAGCGUUCCCCACACUGUUUCCCUUCUUGCAGGGCGGUCCGCUGGCCUCAAUGAAGAACUUCUUGCUUAUUUCUCCGAGCUCGUGUGGCCUGCACCCCGACGUUGCUCCGUUGCGGGGAGCCCUCCUCCUCGUGAUGUGUGGCCCGUGCGAGGCUUGCCGCAAGGUGACCCCGCCAGUCCUCUGUUCCUGGCAUACGUGCUUGCGCCUUGGACUCGGCUCGUCAGCACU